AUGAUGAAUACAGUAAACACCGCUGGAACCAGAGGAUCUACUAAUACUCCAUUGAACCCCAUUAAUCGUGCAGACCAUUCCAAGCGUAUAUCAUGGUCAAAGCUUAUGAAACACAAACUCAAGGCAUUGUUUUCGCCUCGAUACAGACGUCAGCAAGAGCUUAAAGCAGCAGUCGGAUCUCUGGUCAUACAUGAAAAUCAACGAAACUUGAUACAGAAAGCAAAGAUCAGCCAUCAACAGCCAGAGAAUCAUGCAAAACCAGAUCUUGUCGAGUCAUCUGGAUCGACACUGACUGGCGCGAUAGAUGGCGGCUCAGCUAGACUCGUGCAUUCCAAAUCGAUUACUGCAGAUACUCCAGAAUCAGAAAAAGCAUCAAUAUGUUUAUCAACAGCAAUAGAGGAAUAUGGCAUAGAUACUGCGUUUACUGAUUCGCCAUUGACUUUAGACACUGACAUUACUAUCCACGAUGUGCUCGAAUGUGAUUCGUCCAGUGCGCACUACUCGAGUGAUGGACACCCUACACACAGUAGUGUUGCUAGUCUACACUUUAAUGAUAAUGAGCAAUCUUGUUUAAACACCACUGUGUUGACUCCAAUUGAUCCUUUAUUAACAGAUCGCACUGAAAUGACCAUGGUGCAGCUAGGCACUACAACCAACAAGGCUGAAUCUGUUCACGAUACAGCACAUGUCCAAGCAAAGGAACAUCAGGAACAAACUAUUUACUCGGAGAAAGGAUGUAACCACGUAUCCAAAGAGUCGGUGUGGGAGUCUGAAUCCAUAUUUACUUUGUUAUCUGUAGAAAGUGAGGAUGAUAUUGAUCUAGACUAUUACACAGCUUGCUACCACCCAGAUAAGCCAUUGAGUACAGUUUUUGAAACACAUGAUACCAAGACCAUAUGUUCGGAAUAA